AUGAGAAUCUUUACAAUUCGUUCAGACGAAAACCUUGAGAAGACUCUAAAUGACUUUCAAACUCAAAUAAACAAAUACUACUGGGAAUUUCAAGAAAAAUACGAUUCUUUACUAAAUGGAACAUACUAUCUGAAACUAGAAUAUGACAAGAUGAACUCCACAGUUUCAUUUCAAAGGAUUGAAAAUAACCCUCCAAGAGAUACACAGUUUUUAUUUUGGGAAGUAGACAAACGUUCUUGGGCACAAUUUCUUCGGUUACUAAACCAGAACGAACCAUUACCACCUGACGGUCCGUUUAAAUUUAUACGCCCACCAACAGAUUUGACAGUUUAUAGAAACGUGUUUGACCCUCAAAAUGUCAUGUGUCAUGCAAGUUUCAGUUCAAGCAACAACAGUUUUCUGUGUAUCGGUAAGGACUUUUAUGACUUUGCUUCUAAAUUCUACGAACCACCUAGUAACAGUUUCUCUGACUUUCAAGUUUGGUUCACAACAAACGGUGUGCAGCAUAUUAUUCCAUUAUACUAUGACUUUUAUCUCGAAUUGUCUUUCAUAUACAACUACGGAAAAGUGCUGAAAAAGUAUUGA